CCCCUCAGGCUGUAGGUGUCCCCGCAGAGGAGCCUCUGCCCUCUAUGGGGGUUGCUGACCCACACAGGGCUGUUUGCCCCUCUUCUCACCUCAGCUGAGGGUUUCUCUCUCUGCUGCUGGUCUCCAGGAAGCUGCUGGCAAACCCAGGGCUGGGGAGCACCAGAGAUUUGUGGCUUUUGUUUUGUUUGCACAGGGAAGAGCAAACACGAGUGUCUGUUCACAAGUGUGGAAAGAGCACUUAGUGCUUCAGCCAAUGUUUGUUUUUGGGUCCCUGAUGCUGGGACCGCGUGCCCAGCUGGCACGUUGCUUAGAUCUCCAAGAGCACAAGCCACUUGCAUACCACAAGCCAUUCUUUGUGUGCUUGGGAUGAAAUGAUCCAGAGCUGAGGGAUAUGGGAUGUCUCAGCUCUCCAUCCACUCAUUAACUCUGGCUUUUCUCAGGAACAUGCAUGUCUUUUAUCCUCCCCUCCAAUAACAGUGUCACAGCCAUUCCUCUGUGGCUUUUCCUCCCCCUUUCCCUGUUUCUCAUGGCCUUGUUACUACCUGUGGCAUGGUUGCCCAGGCCUGGAAAUGGCUGUAGGACUUAUGCUGAGGGCAUUUCAUUGUGUCAGUGGCCAAGUGCAACCCAGAGAGUGGUGCCAGCCCAAUCUGGCAAAUGUAGACUUUGCAGGAAUAAACUGGAGGGAUGGAAAAGGGAACUGAGUUGGUUUCCUGGAGUGUUCCUGUCUCUGGACUGCACUGGGAAGACAAUGGUGAGGCCACUGUCCUGCAGGCAGGAAGGCACGAGUUCCCCUUCACCUUCCAGCUCCCUGAGACCCUGGCCACCUCCUUUGAGGGGAAGCAUGGCAGUGUGCGCUACUGGGUGAAGGCCAAGCUGCACAGACCCUGGUCAACAGUGAAGAAGGCAAAGAAGGAGUUCACUGUGAUUGAACCCAUCGACAUAAACACCCCUGCACUGCUGGCUCCCCAGGCAGGUGCUAAGGAGAAACUUGCACGUGCCUGGUACUGCAACCGUGGCCAAGUAUCUGUGACUGCCAAGAUUGAUCGAAAAGGCUACACCCCAGGCGAGGUCAUCCCCAUCUUUGCUGAGAUCGACAACUGCACGAGCCGUGCCGUGGUGCCCAAGGCAGCCAUAAUCCAGACCCAGACCUUCAUUGCCCGGGGCACCAAGAAGCAGAAGAAGUCGGUGGUGACCAGCAUCACCGGGGACCCCAUCCCUGCCGGGAAGCGGGAGGUGUGGCACGGCCGGGCGCUGAAGAUCCCGCCCGUGGGGCCGUCCAUCCUGCAGUGCCGCAUCAUCCAGGUGGAAUACUCCCUGAAGGUUUGCGUGGAUAUUCCUGGGACGUCCAAGCUGCUCCUUGAAUUGCCUCUUGUCAUCGGGACCAUCCCGCUGCAUCCCUUCGGGAGCCGCACCUCCAGUGUCAGCAGCCAGUACAGCGUCAACCUGGACUGGCUCAGCACCAUCCCGGAGCAGCUGGAGGCCCCUCCUGAGUACUCAGCAGUCGUGUCCAGCCCAGAGGCUGAGCAGGGCCUGGCUCCUCCGUGCCGCAGCGAACUCGGGGACAUCCUAGAGGGUCCCUUCUUCGCCUACAUCCAGGAAUUCCGCUUCCGACCACCUCCGCUGUAUUCAGAGGUGGAUCCAAACCCCGCAUCGGAGAGCAUCCGCCCGCGCUGCAUGACCUGCUGAGAGAAGCACAUCGGCUGUGUGUGACAGCGUGACAAUCCCUGGGGAUGGCAGCUUGCACCCUCACAGCACUUGAGUCUGGAAACGGGGAUGUGAGACCCCGACUCCACUCACCACCCUCACCACUCCUGUUGUGACUGUCCCUUGGGUGCCGUGGCAGGGUUGGAGAACACGAGGGGCUGGCGGUGUGGAGCGGCUCCGUGUGUGGCCGGGAAGGACACGCGGAGUUCAGAACUGCCCUAGGAUUUUGGGGUUAGAACAGGGAAUACGAGCUGAGAUUGCUCUCUCCUUGCCUGCAGUGCCGUGCUCCGAAAACUUCUGUCAGCUCCUGGUGUGGAAAACAGGAGCUUGAAGGCAUUUCUCAGGAUUACUGGAGAAUGUUUGGAUGGUGCUCAGGGUUGGGCCCUGGGGCAUGCAGGUGCAGCCCUUUGCCUGUUGCUCACCAGGACUGCAGGUCCCCAAGGCAGUGAAAGGUCCUUUUCUGGCUGGAUGAAGCAGAGGGCUCAGCCACUGCUGAUAAUCUUUGCCACAAGCCUGCGGGUACCUGUGGGGGGAAUGGUUUGAGCCACUUAUCCAAACUCUAAAGGCCUCCAAGGGCUGAUACAAGGAUUUGGGGGAUGAAUUUAUGAUCUGUGGCAGUGUUUUGGUGCCAUUUACUGAGAACAGGAAAGCUGGUUCAUGAGUGUCAGCACCAAACCUGCACAGUGUGCUGGUGCCUCCCCCCAAGAUGGGGCUGAAACCAGCCCCCAAACUGUGGUACCAGCAUGGGGGGUUGGAGCUGUGGCUGGUGGCCAAGAAGGAGAGAGGGAAACCCAGUCUAAGGCUGGUGGCAGCUACAUGGGAGAUGAGGAGUUGGGAUGAAUCUGUCAGGGCUGGGAGUCCUUGAUGCUGUACCCCUAGAGGAGUCAGGGCCCUGGUGGGGUGAGGACCCAGCAGCAACCUGUGCUCAUUGGGGUGGGAAGUGGUAUGGGAAGGGCGAGCUGGAUGUUGUAGUGAGGAGCCAGGGGCUGACCCUGCUCGCUGCAGGGGGACCUGAGCAGAGUUUGGGGGCCGAGGACCUUUGCAUUCCCUCGCUGAGACAAUCCCUGGCCGUGCACAGCCAAAGCCAGUGUGCCUUGGGCUCUGUGCUGGGGUUGCUCAGAUGAGUCUUUUCUAUCUGUGAACACUUUUGUAAUGACCACUCUUUGUCUCUACUCUUUUUGUAUGACUUUUUGGUGGAGAAUUUUUUGUCUGAAAUAAAUUCUUUAAACCAAGCCUGGA